UAACCCUUUGUUGACGAAUCCAUGUUAUUCCUCACCAGCAGCUAUGAACGGAUCAUCCCUGCAGGAUUUCUCCUCUGGUGACGUUCACGUUCUGGACGAUGGACGGUCCAUCAACGACUUCAUAGACGAUCAAAUCAAAACGCUCCAAUCAGAGGACAGCGAGGAGCCGUUCUUGGUGGCGGACCUCCAGUCUGUGAUUGAUCGUCACCAGCAGUGGCUGACUCUCCUCCCUCGAGUGAAGCCUUUCUAUGCCGUGAAGUGCAACAACACCCCCGCCGUGCUGAGGGUCCUGAGAGCGCUGAGCACCGGGUUCGACUGCGCCAGCAAGGCUGAGAUCCAGAUGAUGCUGAACCUCGGCGUUUCUCCUGAUAACAUCAUCUUCGCUCACACAACCAAACCCAUGUCUCACAUCAGAUUCGCUGCCGCUCACCGAGUCCAAACGAUGACCUUUGACAGCGAGGAAGAGCUCAGAAAGAUCUCUCUCUGUCACCCCAAGGCCAGAUUGGUGCUCCGGAUCGCAGUGGAUGACUCCGAUUCGCUGGUGAGACUCAGCUCUAAGUUUGGUGCUGGUCUGGGAUUGGUGGAGAAGCUGCUGGGCCUCGCUGUAGAUCGGGACCUCACAGUGAUUGGCGUCAGCUUCCACGUGGGCAGCGGCUGCACCGGGAGUCAGGCCAGCCAGAGAGCCAUCGCCGACGCACGACAAGUGUUUGACAUCGCCAGUGUGUUGGGCGUUCAGAUGAGUCUCCUGGAUAUCGGCGGUGGAUUCUCCGGCAGAGACAACAUUCAGGUCAAAUUUGAAGAGUUUGCAGACGUUAUAAAUGCGGCGCUGGAUAAAUUCUUCCCGCCCGACUGUGGGGUCCAGAUCAUUGCAGAACCGGGCCGGUUCUACGUGGAGUCGGCCUUCACCCUGGCAGUGAACGUCAUCGCCAAAAAGAACUGUGAGGAGAGCGGCCCUGGUGGACAGAUGAUGUAUUACAUCAACGAUGGAGUGCAUGGAAUCCUGAGCUGCAUCGUCAACGACCCGGCUCACCCCCCCAUCCAGCUGCUUCCUCACAGGGCCGUGGGGGUCGGCGAGGUGAGGUACCGCUCGGUGGUCUGGGGUCCGACCUGCGACAGCUUGGAUAAAGUGUCGGACAGCGCCAUGAUUCCUGAGCUGCAGGUGGGCGACUGGCUGCUCGUCCACCACAUGGGGGCGUACACUGUCUCUAUGAGCACCGACUUCAACGGCUUUGAAAGAGCCAAGAUUUUCCCCGUGGUGACGGAGGAGACGAGGCGCCUCUUAAAGCUCCGUCACACCUCAGCGUGAAGAAAUAACCUGGAGAGACUAAUGUUGCACAAAAUGAAUAUUGUGAUAUUUACAUUCACUGCAUAUGCGUCCACUAUACUUUCUUCCAACUUAAAAUUACAUGUAUGUUAUGUUGAGCAUAUUUGUAUAAUAGCAAAGUCGUGUUUCAGUUCAUGUGUAUGACAUCAUCAGAAUGUGCCUGAAACGUGGUGAUGCUAAUGAGCAUGCAGUUACAAUAAACGGCCCGUAC